AAAGCGACGAUGCCAAUAUGGGUGGUUCUUCUUUCGCGGAUCAUAAUGAAGGAGAAGCAGACGACGAAGGUGUACUUGUCUCUGAUCCCCAUAAUAACUGGUGUCCUGUUGGCCACCGUCACGGAACUUUCCUUUGACAUGUGGGGACUCAUCAGUGCGCUUGCUGCUACUCUGUGUUUUUCACUUCAGAACAUCUUCUCAAAGAAGGUGUUAAGAGAUUCCCGAAUACAUCAUCUUCGGUUGUUGAACAUACUUGGGUGCCAUGCUGUGUUCUUCAUGAUCCCAACGUGGGUUUUGGUAGAUCUUUCUUCCUUCUUAGUAGAGAAUGACUUGAGCACAAUGUCUCAUUGGUCCUGGACCUUGAUGCUGCUUAUAAUCAGUGGAUUCUGUAAUUUUGCCCAGAAUGUCAUUGCCUUCAGUAUUCUUAACCUGAUCAGCCCACUAAGUUACUCUGUCGCAAAUGCCACAAAAAGAAUCAUGGUCAUCACGGUAUCCCUUAUAAUGCUUCGCAAUCCGGUUACGAGCACCAAUGUCCUUGGAAUGAUGACGGCUAUCUUAGGGGUCUUCUUAUAUAACAAGACAAAAUAUGAUGCAAACCAAGAAGCAAAGAAGCAGCUACUUCCAGUUACAACUGGAGACCUUGUGAAUUUGGACCGGCAUCGAAACACUCCUGAAAAGUCUCAAAACGGACUUACGGCAUUUGCACAACAUGGAGACUAUCAGUAUGGUCGAACCAAUAUCUUAACAGACCACUUCCAGUAUAAUAGGCAAAACUAUCCAACUACCUACAACUUAAAUCGUUUUGAUAUAUAGAAUCCUGGCAAACAGGUACAGACUGUGAUAUCAAAGUGUCCCCAACAUUAUCAGAAACUUUUAGUACAUCCAUGAAUGUAAAGCCAUUUUAUUGUACAGUUUUUGCAGAAGGGAAGAUGCAUGUGUAGUGAAAGUGGUACAGACCUUCAACUUCUGCUAAGCAGACCUUUAAACGCGAAACAGCUAGAUCUGACACUGGAACUAAAUGCACAGUGUAGCUCUUGUACAGAGACUCUGGUGAAAUGCACGUACAAAACUUCAGAGUAAAAUAUCUGCUGUCACUGCUCCUUUUCAGAGUCUGUCAACUAAUUAUUCUCUUGGCAGCUAAAUUCUGGCCAGUAUUUUGUUUCCACGCUGGUAACGUCUCCUUUCAUUUGUUCUCUGAUACGUUU